AUGGAGACCGAAAGUGAGCAGAACUCCAGCUCCACCAGCGGGAGCUCCAGUUCUGGAGGAAGCACCCGUCCUCAGAUAUCGCAGAUGUCUCUCUAUGAGCGACAGGCAGUACAGGCCCUGCAGGCACUCCAGAGACAGCCCAAUGCAGCCCAGUACUUUCAUCAGUUUAUGCUCCAGCAGCAGCUUAACAGUGCCCAGCUUCACAGCCUGGCUGCUGUCCAGCAGGCUACAAUUGCAGCCAGUAGACAGGCCAGCUCCCCCAACACCAGCACCCCGCAACAGACCACCACCACCCAGGCCUCUAUCAACCUAGCCACCACGUCAGCUGCUCAGCUGAUCAGUCGGUCACAGAGCGUGAGUUCCCCCAGCGCCACAACCCUGACACAGUCUGUGCUCCUUGGGAAUACCACCUCACCGCCUCUCAACCAGUCACAGGCCCAGAUGUAUCUCCGGCCACAGCUGGGGAACCUGUUGCAGGUAAACCGGACCUUGGGCCGCAAUGUGCCUCUUGCCUCCCAACUCAUCCUGAUGCCCAAUGGGGCUGUGGCCGCUGUCCAGCAGGAGGUACCACCCACUCAGUCUCCUGGGGUCCAUGCAGACACAGACCAGGUGCAGAACUUGGCUGUGAGGAGCCAGCAGACCUCGGCCACUAACGCCCAGCUCCAAGGCUCUGCGCAGAAGGCAGCUCUGCCAGGAAGCUCCCAGGCUUCGGGCUUACCGCAGGCUACCAGCACGGGUCAGACCUUGGCAGUGGCUCAGGCCUCCUCCGGCAGCGCGGGCCAGUCCCUCAACUUGAGCCAGGGGGCAGCAGGCAGCAAUGGUGUCUCCGGCAGUGUGGUGGCAAGUGGUGGGAGCCAGACUUCAACAGGGUUGAGCCAGACCUCCUCAGCAGGUGCCGCUGGCAGUUGCCAAAGGAAAGGCACGGGAGUGGUUCAGCCAUUACCGGUAGCAGCUGCUCAGGCCGUGACUGUGAGCCAGGGAAGCCAGACGGAGACAGAGAAUGCAGCCACAAAGAAGGGCGAAACAGACAGCGGCGGACAGCAAACGGUGGGCAUGAACCUGACCAGGACCGCUACACCAGCACCUAGCCAGACGUUGAUCAGCUCAGCCACAUAUACCCAGAUCCAGCCACACUCACUGAUCCAGCAGCAGCAGCAGAUCCACCUGCAGAAGCAGGUGGUGAUCCAGCAGCAGAUCGCCAUUCAUCACCAGCAGCAGUUCCAGCACCGCCCGUCCCAGCUCCUCCACACAGCCACCCAUCUUCAGCUGGCCCAACAGCAGCAACAGCAGCAAGCACCAUCUCUGACCCAACAGCAGCAGCAAGCUCAACCUCCGCAGCAGCAGGCUCCACCUCAAAACCAGCAGCAGGCUCAGACCCUUGUGGUGCAACCUAUGUUGCAAUCCCAGCCACAGCCUGUGCAGCUCCAGCAGGACAGUCCUUGCCAGCCAGCCACCAAGUCACCUGUUCCAAUUCAGUCAAAAUCUCUGGUCACCCCCAUCAAACCACCUCAGCUUGGGCCUGUCAAAAUGUCAGCAGCACAGCAGCCUCCACCACACAUCCCAGUGCAGGUGGUGGGUACUCGGCAGCAGGGCUCAGGCCAAGCCCAAGCACUGGGUUUAGCUCAGAUUGCUGCAGCAGUGCCAACAUCCCGGGGAAUGCCAGCUGUGGUCCAGCCUGUUUCCCAAGCCCAUGCUGCUUCCCCGUCAUCGUCUUCAGCUCCAGCAUCCUCACAGGAAGCUCCUCCUCUCACCACAGGGGUGAAUUUGGCACAAGUUCAAGGCACGGCCCACAUGGUGAAGAGCCCAGCCUCCUCUCCAGUUGUGGCUCAGAUGCCAGCAGCAUUCUACAUGCAGUCUGUCCAGUUGCCAGGCAAGUCUCAGACCUUAGCAGUUAAGCGCAAGGCAGAGUCGGAGGAGGAGAAGCAGGAAUCACCCAGUGUCACUGCACUCCUGCCUGCCAGGUCCUCUCCUGUGACAGACAGCCCCAAAAACAUGGAGGAGAAGAAUGGCCUUGGAGAUAAAUCUGAUCCUGCUGCCAUUGCAACCCCAAAUACCACCUCAAGUGAAGGAGCAUCAGUCACCCCCACCUCUGCUCCCACGCCAAACCUGGCAAUGGUGUCACGUCAGAUGGGAGACUCCAAACCCCCACAAGCCAUCGUUAAGCCCCAGAUCCUCACACACAUCAUUGAGGGCUUUGUCAUCCAGGAAGGAGCAGAGCCCUUUCCAGUGGGUUGUUCUCAGCUGCUGAAGGAAUCUGAGAAACCGCUGCAGGGAGAGGCUCCUUCUGGCCAGAGUGAAAACCUGUCCAGCAAUUCUCCGGGAGGGGACAGUGCUUCUAUGGAGCUUGAUAAGAAGGCAAACUUGCUGAAGUGUGAAUACUGCGGGAAGUAUGCCCCAGCAACCCAGUUCCGUGGCUCCAAGAGGUUUUGUUCCAUGACCUGUGCUAAAAGGUACAAUGUCAGCUGCAGCCAUCAGUUUCGGCUGCAGAGAAAGAAGAUGAAGGAAUUCCAGGAAGCUAAUUAUGCCCGUGUCCGCCGACGGGGACCACGGCGCAGCAGCUCUGAAAUUGCUCGAACAAAGAUCCAGGGCAAGCGCCACAGGGGCCAGGAAGACUCAAGUCGAGGCUCUGAUAACUCCAGCUAUGAUGAAGCUUUGUCCCCUACAUCUCCAGGACCCCUGUCAGUAAGGGCCAGUCAUGGAGAGAGGGACCUGGCGAACUCUAGUAUGGCCCCACCUACCCCAGAUCUACACGGCAUCAACCCAGUCUUCCUAUCCACCAAUCCCAGUCGCUGGAGUGUGGAGGAAGUGUACGAGUUCAUUGCAUCACUGCAAGGGUGCCAGGAGAUUGCUGAGGAGUUUCGGUCACAGGAAAUUGAUGGCCAGGCCCUGUUGCUUCUGAAGGAGGAACACCUCAUGAGUGCCAUGAACAUCAAGCUGGGACCAGCUCUCAAGAUCUGUGCCAAGAUCAAUGUCCUCAAGGAGACCUAACAGCUCUGAAGCCAGAGGUCUCACUUUCGCUCUGACCCCAGGGCAGCUGCCAGCUUUGGAGCAUCCUGCUGGGGCGGGGAAGAAUGGGACGGUCCCCUGUGGUCUUGCAUUCAAGAAGAAUGAGAAGGAAUUUAACUGAUUGAAACUGCCAUGCACAAGCCCAUGUCUUGGUCUCUUAAUGGUGCUACAAGGGGGAGGAAAACUCCCACCUGGGGCCUUGAAACAUCUUUCCUUCUUCCUGAUUUUGAAUAUGCCUCUCCCGUAUACUACAUAAAGAUGGGAAGGGGACCUCUUUCUGUCUUAGCAGACUUCUGAAAGGGAACUGCCCUUGCCCCUUUUUGCUACAGCAGGUUUACUAGAUCUUAGUUUUGAAUCUUACUGUGCCAGAACUUGAGGCAUAGGAAGAGCCGGCCCCACACGGACAUUGGGAGCAGCUGUGCUUGGGGCAUUUAGGAAGGGGAACUAGUAAAUCCCAAAUGACAGACGUGGACAAACAAGAAUUUGAGCAAAAGGGGCUGCUGCUGUUCCACUCUUAAAAAAAGACCUAGGCUGUUCAUGAACUGGGUUUAAUAGCCAUUCCAGCAUGCAUACCAAACUUGAAGGCCUGUGGCAAUAGGAGCUGCCUUAGCUUUACUGUCUCCUGUAGAGAUGCAGAGUGAACACAAAGUGUUGCGGCAGCUAUUUGCUCCAGAUGCUCCUUUCUGAACCAGAGGAGGAUUUAUCCUGAGUACUUACGACAAGGUGAUGGGAAAAGCAAAGGGGAG